UUUCCAUUUUGUGCAAUUUCACUUAUGAUACCGGCCAAUGCUUGGUUGCUAUUUUGGAAACUCCCCUUAGGGGGUACCCCUCAACUGGCCCUAUAAAGAGCCAGCCUGAGCUGCAGAGGAUUCCUGCAGAGGAUCCUGUGACAGCACGUGGACCUCCCACAGCCUCUCCCACAGGUACCAUGAAGGUCUCCGUGGCCGCCCUCGCUGUCAUCCUCGUUACUACAGCCCUCUGCGCUCCUGCAUCUGCCUCCCCAUAUGCCUCAGACACCACACCCUGCUGCUUUGCCUACAUUGCCCGCCCACUGCCCCGUGCCCACAUCAAGGAGUAUUUCUACACCAGUGGCAAGUGCUCCAACCCAGCAGUCGUCUUUGUUACCAGAAAGAACCGCCAAGUGUGUGCCAACCCAGAGAAGAAAUGGGUUCGGGAGUACAUCAACUCUUUGGAGAUGAGCUAGGAUGGAGAGCCCUUGAACCUGAACUUACACAAAUUCGCCUGUUUCUGCUUGCUCUUGUCCUAGCUUGGGAGGCUUCCCCUCACUAUCCUACCCCACCCCCUCCUUGAAGGGCCCAGAUUCUACCACACAGCAGCAGUUAUAAAAACCUUCCCCAGGCUGGACGUGGUGGCGCACGCCUGUAAUCCCAACACUUUGGGCGGCCAAGGCGGGUGGAUCACUUGAGGUCAGGAGUUUGAGACCAGCCUGACCAACAUGAUGAAACCCCAUCUCUACUGAAAAUACAAAAAUUAGCCUGGCGUGGUGGUGCAUGCCUGUAAUCCCAGCUACUGGGGAGGCUAAGGCAGAAAAAUCGUAUGAACCAAGGAGGUGGAGGCUGCAGUGAGCUGAGAUUGUGCCACUUCACUCCAGCCUGGGUGACAGAGUGAGACUCCGUC